CACAACAGCAACCAUGAGAUACCAGGUGGCCUUCCUUCUUGUUCUCCUGGCUGGGAUGACCUCGUCCGCCUGCCACGGCGGCCACUGUGGCGGAGGAUCCUCAGUGGUACAUGGCGGAGGUUCUUCAGUAGGUCAUGGCGUAGGAUCUUCAGGAGGAAGUAGAGGAGGAUCCUCCAUAGUCCAUGGAGGAGGAUCCUCAGGAGGAUAUAGCGGAGGAUCCUCAGGAGGAUUAAGUGGAGGAUCAUCAGGAGGAUAUGGUGGAGGAUCUUCAGUGGGCCAUGUCGUAGGAUCUUCAGUGGGCCAUGGCGUAGGAUCUUCAGUUGGUCAUGGCGUAGGAUCUUCAGUUGGUCAUGGCGUAGGAUCUUCUGGAGCAUAUGGUGGAGGAUCGUCAGUGGGCCAUGGCGUAGGAUCUUCAGUGGGCCAUGGCGUAGGAUCUUCAGUUGGUCAUGGCGUAGGAUCUUCUGGAGCAUAUGGUGGAGGAUCGUCAGUGGGCCAUGGCAUAGGAUCUUCAGUGGGCCAUGGCGCAGGAUCUGCAGUUGGUCAUGGCGUAGGAUCUUCUGGAGGAUAUGGUGGAGGAUUGUCAGUGGGCCAUGGCGUAGGAUCUUCAGUGGGCCAUGGCGCAGGAUCUUCAGUUGGUCAUGGCGUAGGAUCUUCUGGAGCAUAUGGUGGAGGAUCGUCAGUGGGCCAUGGCAUAGGAUCUUCAGUGGGCCAUGGCGCAGGAUCUGCAGUUGGUCAUGGCGUAGGAUCUUCUGGAGGAUAUGGUGGAGGAUCGUCAGUGGGCCAUGGCAUAGGAUCUUCAGUGGGCCAUGGCGCAGGAUCUUCAGUUGGUCAUGGCGUAGGAUCUUCUGGAGGAUAUGGUGGAGGAUUGUCAGUGGGCCAUGGCGUAGGAUCUUCAGUGGGCCAUGGAGUGGGAUCUUCGGGAGGAUAUAGCGGAGGAUCUUCAGUGGGUCAUGGUGUAGGAUCCUCAGGAGGAUUUGGCGGAGGAUCAUUUGGUAACUCAGUCUACGGCGGAGGAUCAGGAUUCAACGGAGCAUCACUGGGAGGCUUCACAGGAGACUUCAACUCGGGAGUAGCUGGAGGCUUCGUCGGGGACUUGGGUGAUGGAUACGGGUCUUCAGGCAACACCUUCGGGGGCCACGAUGCUUUUUUCGGCGAUGGCUAUUCUGGAGGUGACUUUGACGGCCAGUCAGGAGGCUUCACAUCUGGCAGUGGCUUCGCUUCAUUUGGUGGCUUCAAUUCUGGCCGUGGCUCUGAUGCUUACUAUGGAGGAGGCGUCGGCUCUGGCUUCGGCUCUGGCGGUUACUCAGGAGGAGACGUUGUCUUUGGAGUCGGCUCUGGUGUUGGUUCUGACUUCGGCUCUGACGGUUAUUCUGGAGGAGUAGGUGUCUUUGGCGUCGGCAAUGACUUAGGCUCUGACGGUUACUCUGGAGGAGGAGGCGUCUUUGGCGUAGGCUCUGGCGUCGGCUCUGGCAUCGGCACUAACUUUGGCUCUGAUAGUUACUCCAGUGGCUUAGCCGGUGGCAGCUUCACAGGAACCAUCAGCCAAGGCUACUUACCGCCUCACAAAUAAUAUCACGAUCUUCCGUGCCAGUUUACAUCAUCUACAACACAAGGAGGAAAGGGCAGACCUGUUCACUUACCAACGUUCAUAAACUAUAAGUUUUACCUCAAAAAUCAUAUUGUUAUUUUAAUGUAUUUUACGAUUGAGUUACAUGCUCUUAGAAACUAAUUAACAUCAUCAUUUUUCACGUUACUACAUGUACAGUACUUGUUUUUCCCUCCUGGUUAAAAUAAAGACAAUAUUUAUCUUUAGUGUUAUUUUCUUGCCAAACAGGGUGAGUUGAUUUCUCUUUUGUAGUCAUCCCUUUAAGUGCAAACAACAAUAUAAUUUACUGUGUGUGUUGUAGGAGAAAUAUAAAAAUAAGAAUCAUACUA